AUGGUUGACUGUGGUAGCCCUCGCUGCGCUCAAGAAAGACGUUCAUUUAGGAGAGACUUGAAAUGCUGGAGCCAAAAACUCCCCAUGAUGCUAGGUAUGUGUGAAUUCCGUCGGAUUAACGUAAAAUUGUGUCGGGGAUUAUCCGGGGGGUCGUCUAAUUUCGCUAUAAUCCGUCGCGUGUUUGUGUCAAAUUUUCUCACCAAUAUUCGGUCAUCCCUGCCUACCGUCGAAAAAUUGGAUCGAUAGAGUGAGCACCGCUGUUGCCGACUUGUCACUGCUCCUGCUUUCGUACGCGUCUUUCUUGUCUGGAGGUCCACCGAGAGACUCGUGCGUGUUGAUUUUAAUGUUGUGGCUAUCCAAGGUACAUCUGCAAAGUGUGCUGUGUGUCUGUUCUUAUCCUACUUCAUGGUAGUGAUCGCAGUCAGCUGUGCGUUGCCAUGCUAACACCUGUAGAUUUUAACGCUGCAAUUUCCAUCUUAUCGUUGUUAUUAUUUUUUAAAUAUUUGCUUUGAUAAUAAAAUGAUGAACAAAAAAAAAAAAUAUCCAGUGCACUGGUGAGAAAUAUGGGGGAGUUCACUUCAGUGAACUUUUCACCUGUGUAGUGUGUAGAAAUGUAGGACUUAAAUUACUUUCGAUAAUUGUCUUGGACUUGGAAAGAGGGGAACAAACAAAUCGGCGAGUAUUUUUAGAUAAUUUCUUUUAAGGCCAGUAUCAGAGUAAAACGGUUUAUAGUUUAACUUUAAUCUACUUGGUCGUGGUCACCUCGUGUGUUCUUCAAUGGCUAAUAGAUGUAAUUAUUUAUUUUAUACCAGAAUCACGUGUUGAAUUAAGCAAGUUCAAAAAUAAUAUUAUUAAUAUUUGCGAUAAUUUGUUAGCAUCCAGUGUGAGUGGGAAAUUCUUUAUAAACUAAAGUAGGUCAACGCCCAUAACGUACUUAGGUGAGGUUAAAAGGUCAGGUCAUCAUAGAAUUCAUUCAAUUAGAACCUCCAAAAAUUAUUGGCCACCUUGUUCUAAAUGAUCCCCGUGUUAUCUGUUCAAUUAUGUUGAAAAUCAUUUGAACUCUCCCACUUAGUUUUGAACUCUCCCACUUAGUUUUGCAUUUGAAAAGUUUUGCUUAAUUACCGUUCAUAAAUAAGAUUAUCUGUUUUCAAUUGUUCAAAUUUCUGCUCUUUUCUACUUUGAGAAUUUCUAGUUCUAGUAAAAAAAAAAAAAAUUACAGAAGAAUGUGAAAAUGAUUCCAAUUUAACUUAGCAAUAAUUAUGAAAAUUUGGACAACCUUAACAAAACUGAAAUUUUAUUGGGUUCAAAUAUUGUAGGAUUUAAACAAUAAUUUGUGUAAUUAUUGUAGUGCUGGCAGAAUUUAAUUCAACACAAACAAUAUUUUUGUACAGAAAAAUUCAGAAAAUUUAAGGAAUUUUCUCAAUCAGAGUAAAGUUGUAGCUUAACCAAGGAUAAUACAACAAUAUUUUAACUUACAUGUGUAAUAAUUUUCAAACACAAGUGGGCAUAUUUGUUUUUUUGUCCUGACAAAAUUGGAUGGCUUCAAAAAUGUUAAGGAUCUUCUGUUGUUUUUUUAAAUUCUAGCUAAUGAAUUUUGUUGAAUGGAAUCUUGUUAGACUCCUAACAAGUUACAUUAUGACAAAUGGAAAUUUCUUUUCAAAUUUAAGAUAAUGCCCAGAUCAGGUGUUUGUAAUAAAAUAAUUUUAUUGAUCCCUGCCAAUCUGAUUUACUUAUUUAAAAUACUAAGAUAAACAAAUUCCAAUUCACAUGACAUGGUGUUAGUGUUAAAGUUAAAUCUAUGAUGAUUUAUGAAGACAAAGAAAUAUUCAGCAGUAAAAAUAUAAUUUUAAAUAUUUAGUUUUGUAUGUUAAUUAUUUGCUAGUUACUAUAAAUGGCAAAUGCCUUUUUAAAAAUAAUUGUUAAGGGUACUGUAUUUUUUUAUAUGUCAUGUAAUUUUCUAUACAAUAUAUAGUUGACCUACACUAUUUGUUUGUUUUUUUUAAGACAAGGGAGAAUAACAGUAUAUAUUACUGAAUUUUUGCAAGUAGCCUCCCUUACAAAUGAAAGAUCCAGAGGAGAUGGUUACAAAAAUUAGCUGUUUUUUACUAUAUGCCUUAUGUUUUUUUCCAGGUCUAGAAAGAAUUGCUGCAGACUAUGUUGACAAAGAAACUGCCAAAAAACUUUUGUACCCUUACCCAGGUCGGCUGCAGACUUAGCUAUCAAUUAAUUAUUUUCUUUUAAAUUAUGAAAUUAUUUAGAAAGUGAAAACCUUCAGUAAAGUCUUUGAUUGUAUAAUUUUUUGUUUAUAUUUAAUAUUCUACAUUGCCAUAAAUUAAUAAUAAAUCUUAUCAGUAAAACCCAUUUUUUCUCGAAUUCUAAAGUUUUUUGCUUAAAUUUUUUUUUUUUUCAAUUUAUAUAAUUUUCUUAAUGCUUACCUUCUAUCCAUAUAAUUAGAUUUAUUAAUGAAUAUUUUACAGACUGGGAGAAGGAAAUAAGUCAUGAUUAUGAGCCAUCCAAAAGAUGUUUUCAUUGUGAGAAAAAACUGCCAAAUAUUUAUGUAAGUUCUGUCAAUCAUGGCUUGACCUGAACCAAGUAUUACCAAUAUUUUUUUUGGAGUUCAGUUCAAUUAAUAUCUUAAUAAAACAGUUUGAUACAAAUGUCAUGAUACUUUGGUAUUUAGUAUUUCUCACAGUAAGUUCUCACAUCCUAGUGGGCAGUGAAUAGUCACAAGUGAAACUGUUCACUGGGGAUUUAUCGAGGGUAAGAUUGAGAAGCACAGAUGUUUCAAUACUUCCACAGGGUUAAGUAUUGCCAAAAUCAACAUUUCAGUUAAAAAUACUGCUUCAGCAGAUGUACAAUAUUUUCUUAUCUGCCCCUAGUAGUGCAUAGAUAAUUAAUUUCUGUUAUGGUCUAUUCUUUCCAGCUCAUUUCACUCCUUGCUGACACCUUAUUAAUCUGCACAUAUUGACCUAACCCUGCCAGUCCCCUCCGAGGGGUUGGGGGGGAGAUGUUUGGCAGGUUAUGUUUACAGGCUUGUACUUGGGGUAGUCUGCCAGUACAUGUUUACUCAAUCAAAAGCUCCUUUGGAAAACAUUUUGUUCCUUUGGUGGUAUUUCUUGGUAGAGUGGUAUUUCUUGGUAUAUAGAACCACUGCUAAUGGUGGCGAUGUUGAUUUGGAGAAUUUAUUUUUGAUUUCUUUACAUUUAAUUUAACCUUAUCUGAUAAGCUGUUUGGCGUUGAGCAGUGUGGUUUUUAUUUGCGUUUGAAUAAAGCUCUUGGAAGUUGAACUAUUCAGAUUGUCUUAAAGGUGACCAUUGAUUACUCUCUUGGAAGUUGAAAUCUUUAGAUUGUCUUAAGGAUGACUACUGCCUGUUUUGCUUUUCGUGAUCCAAUCCAUCACUAGCUGAAACUUCCCCACAAGACUUUCAGUUGCUACAGUCUCAAUUUGUUCAGCAGCUUCCUGUUAUAAAUGUUCCCUUCUCUUUGCUCAUUUUUACUUCUUAAAAUUGUGGCGGAACUACAUCACUGAUAUUAUAUUCCGUUUUGCAUGGGAAAUUAGAAAGGAAAUCCGAUUUUUACUAUUAGAUUUAAGACAGUGGACAUGUCCCCUCCUCAGGCUGCCAUUCUGUGAGUUCCCUUUCAGCAGUCUGAGGUAAUAUUAUCUCUACUUUGUCACUCUGUUGGGCAUCCUCUCCAUCCUGGCCAUAGUGCAUAUAAGUACAAAAUAGUUUCCCCUGUAACUUGUUUUCUUGAACCAACUCCCAACCAUCAAGUUUCAACUAUCCCCAUAUUUGUUUUAUCUCAGACUUAAUCAUUAAUUAAUAACUGAUAAUUUAUUUUGAAGAAAGGUAAACAGCUCCUAUAUGAAAAAAAUUGCAUGGAAAUUUUGGGAGUAUUAGACUGGUAAUUUUUGAACAUAUUGGGUGCAAUGUUAACAUCCCAAAUCUAUUAUGUGAACUGAGUAUAAAGGGCUUGAUGAACAUGAUGAGGUUAAAAGAAAAGUUAAGUAGAUGGAAAGUUAUGGAAUAGAAAGGAAUUUGUGAGAGGAAUAGGAGUUUUCUACUGUGGGACAUGUUUUAACAAAUUUUACUGCAUUCAUUUCAUUUUUUUAGAAACGAAUACAGAGGAUAAUAGAGGAUGCAAAGAAGGGAAAAGAAAAUGGAGGGAAAAUCUGUAAGUAAAUGCAUCUUGCUUUCACAGGCAUAAUUUUGUUUUUUCCUAAUCAUUUUUAAAUUAACAUUAAGACAAUAACAUCUUUAAUGUAUUAUUUAGCAAAAAUAACUAAUAAUUCUUUUUUGUAUCUUAAUACUACCCAACAUACCUGGUGUUACAUUGGAAAAGCACUUCUAAAGCUUAUAAGCAGACACCUUAAAUUAGGGCCCUUUCAAAAACACAAAUCAAAAUUUUUAAAAAUCUCUUUUCAAAUAUCCAGAUUUUUUAUAACUCUUAUACGACCGUUUCUGUUAUUAAAAAAAAUUGAUUUAAAGACCAGUCUAACCUUUAAAGAUGUCUUAUUUUAAAAAAAAGUUAUUUACCUAUACCAAAGCUAUGGCCAUUCAUGAAAUAAAAUAAAUAAGAUUCCCAGCAGGAGCCCAUUCCAAAAGAUGCAGUUUUAGUUAUCAAUAACAUGGGGGCUCUUUAAAAAUAAUUCAGAUAAAUACUCAAGGUAAAUUUUCUAAUUUAUGCAAUUAAAAUCUGAUGGAAUUUACCAAAGACACUGCCUUUUAAAUUUUGGAUAUUAGAGUUGGUCUCAUGAAAAGGACUUAAUCUUUAAAAUUUUACAGCAGUCUAUAUUAUAAUUAUAGGUUGGAUAAUAAACAUAUUUUUUUUUUAAUGUUGUCCCAUCAAUUCAGUGGAAAAACAACAAAGAUUUAGUAUAUUCUUUCAUUUAAAAUAAAAUUGGGCAACCCAAGGGAAAAAAAGAUGUGGAUAUUAUCAGAUUGAAAUCCACUAUUUUAAAAGAGAUUAUAAAAGGUAUGCUUACCAAAUUUGUGUAUACGUCUAUUAGAAGGAACAUAAAUUGUAGAACCUCCUAUAAGCAUUUUACAAUGUCUAAAAAUGUCAAAUAUAUCUUUAAAUCUGAUUUCAUAAAGUUUUUAAAUCAUCAUAGAGACUUCAAAAAAACAUACUAAACAUAAAAAGGAAAUUUAUAUAAUCUUAAAACUCUUAUAAAAAAUUUAAUGUUUUUGAAUCAGGUAGAGACUUAACCUUUAUCGUUAUCUAAGUCUCUGUCCAUAUUUCCUUCUGGAUAAUAAAGUUUAAAAACCAUGUAUCCAAGAUGUAUCCAUGUUUGAUCAAGAUUUAUCACUCCAUGUAGAAACUUGUGCUGUACAACCAGAAAUCGCCUACAGAAAAAUUUUCACCCUUGUGUAGAAGAUACAUAUUAUAACAGAUAUAUAUAUGGAUGAAAUGAUCAUUUUUUUAUAUUUAGAUACACAAAUAAUUAAGAAAAAUCACCAUUUACAUAAUGAUGGAAAUGACCUGUAAUAGUUUCUCUUUGUUCAGUGUCUUUCACGGCUUUUCAUUAUCUGAUGUCAGUAGAAAAAUUAUGUCAGAAACUUAUUGUGUGUGGCAUUGAAGAGGCUUAUAAUGAACAUGCAACAUGUACAUAAUUUGAUAUAAAAAAGGUAAAUAAACAAUGGAAUGCCAUUGUUCCUUUUGGAACAAAUUUUGGAACAAAUUGUACCUUUGACAAAGCUUUUUUAAAAAUGUGUGUGCACCAAAUAAAAAUGUACUGAAAACCUUCAUUUAAUAGAUGUUUUAAAGUGUGCCAUUCUGAAUAAAGAAUUAUUAAAAAAUGCAUUCACCAAAAAUAACUUAACUUGAAUAACACUAGACGACAUUUGGAAAUAAUAUUUUUUUACUUGUUAUCCUCUACAUUUUAAAAUUGUUUAAUUACAGUUUUUGGGGUAAGGGGAUUCUAGCCAAACUUUCCAGCAGCCAUCUGUAGGUCAGGAGGAAUGACCAUGUCAAAUUUGGAUGUGAUCCAUUGUUUGGGGACAAAGAAAUUUCCCUUGAAACUAAUGUAUCACUUUAAAACCCUAAGUGAAAAAUAUAAUCCUGUUGAGGUCAUAAUAUAAAGACUCGUGCACAGAUAAACUGAUCAGAUAGGAAUAUAGCCGACUUAUAUUUUUAUUUAUAGGCCUGAGAUCACUACAAGAUUUGAUGCCUUUCUGCCUUGACUUCUACACCCACGGCUUUGGUCGUGAACUGUUUAGGGACUCGGUCAAGUCCUACUUUCUGUCUGCCAUACCAGAAUCAGAGGUUAAAGAGGAACCAGAGCCCCCAGCCCAGGCUCCUGUGCCGUCUGAUAUCUUGGCCAAACUAAGAGUGCCUCACCUGACUGUAGGAAGGUUAGUAUUUUGGUUUGUGAUAUUUAAAUCUCUUUUUGAUUGUUCUUUUAAACCACUGAGUGCUGUUUUAUGUUUUUCUGUCCUAAAUUGUAAGGGUCAUUUUACAGAAAUGAUAAUAUAUUAAAAUUUAUAUUACAUAAGAAGUGAUGAUUUACAAUAACUGCAUUAUAAUUUCUCCAUGCUAUUCAUUAGUUUUUCAAAUAUAUUUCUCAGGUCUAAUAGAAAACAAGAGGCCAACAGGCAAGGCUAUACAGAAGAGGAUUUAGAUUUGGCUGUGUCUGACGUUAGAAGUGGGAAACUGGGUACACGCAGGGCAGCCAUGAUUUAUGGAAUCCCUCGGUCAACUCUGAGGAGUAAAAUGGUUAAGCCAGACCCAGAGGUGAUACCAGAUGACUAUGGGGAUGAAAGGUCAGAGCUAAGUGAAAUGGGGCUUUAUGGGUCUGCUCGGCCCCAUGGCAUGCCUGGUUUAAAUUUAUCAGAGUUGGGCUUAUAUGGCGUUUGUGAUUCUAUGCUGACCUCUGGAGGGCUUUCCUUCUUACCUCCUUUACCAUAUCCAAUAAGCAUAAAGCUGGAACACGAGGAUAGCAACCUCCUUGUGGAGCAUCGCUUAAGUCAGAUCAGGCGUAUGCAUAAUUUAAAUGGGUUGAAUGAAAACCAGCCGAGACCUGCCCAUGCCAAUCAUCUGAAGCUCCCCCUUCUGGUUAAUGUUGUUCGCAAACUCGUCCAUCAGAAGCUUAUGGAGAUUAAACAGAAUUAUGGAAGGAAAAAUUUUGAAACCAAAUCAAAACAAUCCCAACAGGAGUCUGAACUUUUUAGCCCAUUUGGUCCAUAUUUACCAGCCUUUUCUCCCUUUCUAGGCACAAGUCACAAUGAUGAGAAUUUAACAGCUCCUAUGUACAAGCAUAUAAUGGAAAGUAUCUACACUAACAUGAUGAAAGAGGAGAAUCCUAUUCCAAAGCCUUUUGGAAAGGUCAAUGAAAGCAGCCGAAUUGGAGACACACUUAAAGAUAUCAUUGCCAAAACGAUCUCUGAAAAAAUGAGAUUUCGUGAUGGAAGUUCUGAUGAGAGUUCUCUACAGUCAAGCCCAGAUACCAGUAAAUGCACUUUGGGAAAAUCCACAGAACGACAUUCUGUAGGAUUCACUUCUGAGAUAUCCACUCGAAAAGAUGUAAAAGUUUUAAAUGGGGGAUGUUCUCCCCCCAAAAGAAUGAAAAAAGAUUGUGGCAAAUCAGGGAUGCAUUCAUCUAAUUCUCACUCUGAUUCUAGUUGUCCAACAGCCAAGAAGACACGACCCAAGCGUGGCCAGUAUCGUAAGUACAACUCUCAGCUGCUCAUGGAUGCUGUGAAGGCCGUACAACGAGGAGAGAUGAGCGUGCAUCGAGCUGGGAGCUAUUUUGGUGUCCCCCACUCAACUCUUGAAUAUAAAGUCAAAGAGAGACAUUUGUUAAGGCAGAAAAAAUCCAGAGAUUCGCAGUCACCUUCCAACUGCAAAGACGAAACCCCAUCUACAACGACCCAGUCCAGCGGGACAGACCCCAGCCAAGAGGAGGAAACUUACACUAUAUCCAAGUUGAAAGAUGAUACCCCUUCACCCUCCCCACCCCCCUUGACAUCUGUACAAGGGAAAAUUCUUCAGACAUCCACAUCGAAAACCAUUACACCACCUUCAUCGUCCCUCUCUCCGAACACUUUAACACCCAGUGCCUUAGGUUUGACCACUGGCAAAGAUUUGGGAACUGUGGCAUGGUACCAGUCAUAUCUGGCGUCCUCAUCCCCCCAGCAUGAUUCCAUUGGGCUUCACCCCAGUCUAACGCUCAACAAUUCUGCCUCCGAGCUUUUGAUACAACUGCAACACAAAGUUCAAGCCAAGUGUGGGGGUUCCUUCCCCUCUGACAGUGCUUUUGAGCUGCCU